GGUGAUGGCGGGCGGCAUGGCGCCCGGCAGCCGCGGGCAGCGGGCGCGCUGAGGUUUCGUGCCAUGCUGGGGGCUCGGGGCGGGUGGCAGGCUCUCCGCCGCUGCGCCUCCCGGCUUAGGGCGCGGCGGCUGCUGGUCCGGGAGGCGCUGGGGGCCCGGGAGCCGGCUGACGGGGUGCAAGUGCAGGGCUGGGUCCGCUCUGUCCGAUCGCAGAAGGAGGUUUUGUUCCUGCAUAUAAACGAUGGGAGUUCAUUGGAAAACCUCCAGGUGGUUGCUGAUCCCAGCCUGGAAAAUAGAGACCUGACUUUUGGAAGUGCAGUGGAAGUGCAAGGGAAGCUGAUCAAAAGUCCUCACAGGAUGCAAAACAUGGAGUUGAAAGCUGAAACCAUCCGUGUGGUGGGACCUUGUAAUACUUGGUCAUUUCCUCUGAAAAUGAAGGAGAGGCACCCACUGGAGUAUGUCCGGCAGUUCCCUCACCUGCGAUGCAGAAACAACACACUUGGUUCCCUUUUGAGAAUCCGCAGUGAAGCUACUGCAGCCAUCCACUCCUUCUUCCAGGAUAAUGGCUACAUACAUAUUCAUACCCCCAUAAUUACAUCAAAUGACUGUGAAGGUGCUGGGGAGCUCUUUCAAAUUGAGAUGUCAAAUGAGGCAAGGGAAUCUGUGGAAAAGACCCAUUUCUUCAACGUACCUGCCUUCCUGACAGUUUCUGGCCAGCUCCAUUUGGAAGUGAUGGCGGGGGCUUUUACCCAUGUGUUCACCUUCGGCCCGACAUUUCGAGCAGAAAACUCGCAGAGUCGCCGGCACCUGGCAGAGUUCUAUAUGGUGGAGGCUGAGCUGUCCUUCACUGAAAGCCUCCAAGACAUCAUGCAGGUUAUGGAAGAUCUUUUCAAGACAGCAACAAGCACUGUGCUCUCCAAAUGUCCUCGUGAUGUUGAGCUUUUUCAUAAAUACAUAGCUCCUGCCCAGAAGGACAGGUUGGAACAAAUACUGAAGAACAAAUUUGUGACAAUUUCCUACAGUGAAGCAGUGGAAAUUUUGAAGCAAGCUUCUCAAACUUUCACUUUCAAGCCAGAGUGGGGCUGUGACCUCCAAACGGAACAUGAAAAGUACCUGGUGAAGCACUGUGGUGAGGUUCCCGUGUUUGUGAUUAACUACCCAUAUGACCUCAAACCUUUCUACAUGCGGGACAAUGAAGAUGGGCCUCAACACACAGUUGCAGCUGUUGACCUCCUUGUACCAGGAAUAGGGGAGUUGUGUGGAGGCAGCUUGAGAGAGGAGCGACUGCCCUUCCUUGAAUCCCGCUUACGGAGAUUAGGACUCACAGAUGCCUACCAAUGGUAUCUAGACCUUCGAAAAUUCGGCUCAGUUCCUCAUGGAGGCUUCGGAAUGGGGUUUGAACGCUACCUGCAGUACAUCUUGGGAGUUGACAAUAUCAGAGAUGUUAUUCCUUUCCCCAGGUUUUCUCACUCCUGUCUCCUGUAGCUCAUCAGUUGACUCAAUGUGGAGAAAACUGCUGGUGUGACUAUAUGUAUAUAACAUACUAGGAUAAGACAAAGUGUGUUUUAGUGGUGAAUCAAGAUAAUUUUUAUAUAGUGAAACUCUUGGUAAAUUUAAUACUGACUUAAUUGAAAAUAAUAUAUGAUCCGGUGAGAUUAUGGAAGCGGACCAGCAGUUAAUUUGAUAGCAGUUUGUGUUUUCAGUGCACUUCAGAAGUAUUAAUGAAUCCCACUUAACUAAGGGGUUAAGAUUCUUGUGAGACUAGUACAAGCUAUAAAAGUACUGAAUAAGAAUUGCUGGGAGGUAGUGGGGGUUUUAUGUGAAAUAUUAAUAAGGAGGUGUGACCUAAAAUGGACUGGGAGCCAGGACUGCUGUGAGGCUUUAAUAGACUUUAAUUAAAUGCCUGAACAGUGCUUUGAAGGUUGAGCGUUAUAAAAUUGCAAAGUAUUGUCAUGGGCUGUGAUGCAUUUGCUCUUACGAAAUAGCGACUGUAAAGCAUGAUUCUCCCCACCCUGAGUUAAAAGCAAAUACUGUUUACCUUGGAAAAAUCAACCAAGGAGAAAUGUCAUACUGGAACUGCUGGAGUGAAUUAGGUGAAUGAUGUUUGAUUUUGUGAAUCAUCAAUAAAGAUGUACGCUGGGUUGUUUUGUAA